AGAAGAAAACAGGCUAGCUUGUUAUGUAGCUACCUAGCCGAAGAGAGGGUUGCUACUUGUUUUUUCUUAACAGUUCUUCUUUAAGACUAAUGUAAUACUUAGUUAUACAUUUAACGUUUACGCAGCCAUUGUCGUUUAUUUUACUGCACCUGUUUUAUAAAUAUUUUGCCGUGAGGAGAGUGGCGACAACCUGGACAUGUAAGCAGAGUAGCUACCUACGUAUACUGACAAGUGCUACUCCAUAAUGUUGUUGCGUUAUGUAGCUAUGAAAAGCUGACCUUGUAGACACAGUCAACUAAAGGACGGUUUACUUUGCAUUGGCUCUGUCAGGGCAAUGGCGUCUACUAGGUUUCUGUGCUUGUUCAGCGCUAGAACAGCAUUAGCAAGAGCAGGUUACAGCCGUGUGUGCUCCAGAAGAAGUGUCUGCAGCUCACCUUCAAGACUGCAGAGCUGCAUGUCAGCCUGGGUCAUUGAUCAGUAUGGCACUAAUGGGUUGUUGAGGCACACAGAAGAAAUCACCAUCCCCACUAUCAGUUCUGCUAGUGAGGUGAUGAUCCAAGUCCAUGCGGCUAGUCUCAACCCUCUUGAUAUAUCUAUGAGGGGUGGUUAUGGAGCUACGGUGCUUAAGUUGAGAAGGGAUCCACUGUCUGUGAUGAACACUGAUAGCGAAUUUCCUCUGAUCUUGGGUCGUGAUGUGUCUGGUGUUGUGGUGGACUGUGGAGCUGAGGUUACUCAUUUUGCUCCAGGAGAUGAGGUGUGGGCUGCUGUUCCCCCGUGGAAACAAGGCAGUCUGGCAGAAUUUGUCACACUAACAGAGUACGAGGUUUCCCAUAAACCAAAAUUACUGAGUCACACGGAGGCAGCAUCAAUCCCUUAUGUAGCCAACACCGCUCUGUCUGCACUUGUUAAUGCAGCUGGCCUUUGCCGAGACAGCUCUUCUAAUAAAAGAAUUUUGAUCACUGGAGGAUCGGGGGGUGUUGGAACAUUUUCUAUUCAGCUGUUGAAGGCCUGGGGUGCCCAUGUAACCGUAACCUGCUCUCAGAACGCAGAGGGCCUUGUUAGAGGCCUGGGAGCCGACGAGGUUGUGGACUACACAGCAGUAAACGUGGCUGACCAACUAGAAAUAAUGGAGAAGUUUGACGUGAUUAUUGACUGUGUGGGUGGUGAUACAGAGCUGUGGGCGAUGGGCCUGCUGAAGCCCUGGGCUGGGGCAAAGUACGUCACACUGGUAACACCUUUACUCCACAACACUGAUUCCAUGGGCUUGCUGGAUGGGACCUUUAAUGCUGUAUGCAACCUGCAGAGCAAGGCCAUACAGAAUAUAAUAUCAAAUGGAGUCUUUUACCGCUGGGGAUUUUAUACUCCAGAUGGACCUGCCCUGGACGAGGUCAGCAGGCUGGUGGAUGCGGGGAAGAUCCUGCCAGUUGUGGAGGCCCAGUUUCCAUUUGCUCAUGUGCCGCAGGCUUUUCAGAAGUUGGAGGAGGGCCACGCCAGAGGAAAGACGGUAGUCAGGGUGGCUGACGAGGAUGACAGACAGGCUGAAGAGAUGGUGCAACACGGUCACACAGAGACUGCAGAGUCGGAGCAAAAGGUGCAAGAAACAGUAAAGCAAAACUAGAGACAAAAAGAAAGAUUGUUCUCACCUUCACAAGGCUACUCUCUGACAGCAGCAGACUGUAUUAUCCAAAGAGAUCAGAGCUCCUGCUGUUGUGCUGCAGACUACAAGCGUGACCUGAGCUUGUAAUGGGAGCUUGCCAAAAGGCUGUUGUUGUUGUUAAAGCUGAAACCCUCCUGUACUGUCUUGAAGUUUUCAGAAGGUGCUCAGGCUAUGCUUUGUUUACUUCAUGGUGAAGUUACUACUGCGGACUGAUAAAUACCAUUCAAGUCAGGAUCCAACUGAUAAUAACAACCAUUGAUUGCUGCAGUCUAUGCAGGAGUUUUAUUAAAACAAUGUCUGUUACAUGACAGUCAGCUGGAAAUGUUUAUCGGUAGAAGUUAAUGAGACACCAGGUGAAGCAGACGCAGCACUGUAAGACAGGUAGGACUUUGUAUUCUUUUGCACUUGUUGGGUUGUUUUCCAACUUCUAUGAGCACGUGUGUUGUUAUAUGGAAAUCUUCCCUAUUAUCACAUUGCAUCUCACAUAUUGUGAACGCAGAAUUCAGUAAGUGAGCUGAAUGAAACAUCUGGGGGACAACAAACAAUGGAACUUCUAAUAUAAACCAUUUUUGUAAUUAAGUUGAACAUCAUGUGCAAAUCAGUCUACUGUAAAAUGUAUUUAAUACAUUUAUUGACAAAAAUACAUUCAUUUUUCCAAAAACAAAUGUUUGUCAUAUAGGUUUGACUGCACAAAAUAAAGAGACAUUUAAUGUGCUAAGCUGAGUUGUAUUUUU